AUGGCACCCACAAGUUAUGUUACGCCAAUAGUAGAUUCCACUGCAAUCUUCAAGCCAGAUAUAUUCAAGGGCAAGGUGCUCUUUUGCACGGGUGGGGGUUCCGGUAUUUGUCGGGGGAUGACAGAAGCUGUGAUGCGACACGGAGCCAGUGCGGCUAUCAUUGGACGGAAAAUUGACCGCUUGACGCAAACAGCCAAGGAAUUGGCAGAGGCAACUGGCUCAAAGUGUAUACCAGUGCAAGCCGACGUUAGAGACCCAAAGGCACUUCAUGCUGCAGUUAAACAGACCAUAGAUACUUUCGGCAGAAUCGACUUCGUAAUCUGCGGUGCUGCUGGCAAUUUUUUGGCUCCGAUUGCUAGCCUCUCGGAAAACGCAUUCAGAACCGUCAUCGAGAUUGACACCCUCGGGACUUUCAACACCGUCAAGGCAACUAUUGAACACGUUCGACGUUCCAAAGGCUCCUACAUCCACGUUAGCGCCACUCUUCAUUACAAGGGUACACCUUACCAGGCUCAUGUGUCUGCUGCGAAAGCGGCCGUAGACGCCCUGUCUGCCGUCAUCGCCGUCGAAGAAGGACCUCAUGGUGUGCGCUCGAAUGUAAUUGCCCCUGGGCCAAUCAGCGGUACCGAAGGAAUGGACCGCUUAACACCAAAAUCAGACGAUGCCCAACGCCGAUUCCAAAGCACCCUUCCCGCUGGUCGUUUGGGUGACAUAAAAGAUGUCGCUAACGCCACCGUCUUCUUUUUCAGUGACGCGGCCUCUUUCAUCACUGGCCAAAUUCUUCCCGUAGAUGGGGGUAACGAACAUUUAAGGACCACGUCGCUGCCAUACCCCGAGGCCGUGCUCGACCCAGGGAGCGUGCUGAAGUUGAUCCCAAAAUUGUGA